UCGGGAUCCAAUCCAAUAGGCGAUAAUAUCAAGGACAGUUGGCGUAGCCCCAACCUCAUCCGUCGGCCUUGGCCUACAACUCCUGGAUUUUCAGCAUAUUAAUUGGCGACCAUUUUUCAUCAAACACAAUUGAAUUCAAGCAUAAUUGAUUAAAAAUGUCGACUGCAACUUUUGUAGAUAUUAUCUUAGCCAUUAUCCUACCUCCUCUUGGUGUUUUCCUCAGGUUUGGCUGCAAGGUGGAGUUCUGGAUUUGUGUGCUUCUAACCUUGUUCGGGUGGAUCCCGGGUAUCUUAUAUGCGGUCUAUGUAAUCACCAAGUGAAGUGAAGUGACAAUGAAAUAAGAAAAGGUGGUGGACACCAAGGGUUGGAUAAGAGAAUAUGGUUUUAUUGAUUACUUUUGGUUUCUUAUUUAUUUGAACUAUUUAAGUAAGACUUGUUGAGAUUAACUUUAUUGUAAUCGACUCAAUUUAUUGCAGAAGUUUAUUUAUGAAAUAAAUCAAGUCUAUUGGACGUGAAAUA